AUGGAGGAAAGACCAAUUGCUUUUAAUCUCUUACAUAAGGAUGAGUUGGAGUAUGAAGUAAUUAUUCGUGGAGAUAAACCUACUUAUAACGUUUCUGCUUUAAGGGCCCAGGUCCGUUCUUUAAAUAAAGAUAUACCUACCGAUGAAAUAGCUACCUGUGAUCUUGAUGUUAAUUCAGAGAUUGGUACCAUUAAAAAUAAACUUGAAUCUUUACAUACUUUGUGUUCUGAUGCUGCAUAUAAACCGCCUUCUAUAAGAGUAUUAAACCGUAUCCAAGCCUUAUCUCAUCAUUUAUAUCAUCGUUUGAGCCGCUUAUCUCCGGAUGGUGACCAGAUGCUUACCGUUAAGACUUUUGCUGAUCGCUUAAAUAAAAUGUUACUUAAGUGUGAUAAUAUUCUACAUAAUUUUAAAAGUAGUGCCGUCGCCACUACCCAACCUAACCCUACCGCGGACGAGCUGCCUAGAUUGGAUUCUUAUGAUAGAUAUUCUGCCAUACAUACUCUUAACUUAAAAUUUAACGGAAAGACUUGUGUUAAAGCUUUUAUUCAACGUUUGGAAGAACUGUGUCAAUAG